UUGAAGUAUCCAGACUAUCUUCAAGGGCAGCCCCAUGUACAGCAUGUUACAAUAGUCCAACCGGGAGGUUACUAGAGUGUGUGGUCUUAGGAAGGAUGGCAAGGUGAGGGCCCUACUUUCCUCCUUAGAAUAUCAUCAUCAUCAACCACAAUGCUGCAUCAGAGUUGUGUAUGCCAGUGCCAACAUUUAGAACUCGAGUACAGGAGCAUCCCAUUCCAUGUUUAAGCCUCUAAUUCAAGGGAGAUUGUAUCAAUACCUGGAAUUGUCUGAAGUCGCAGCAGACCUAGGUAAGCCCCACCUGCCCUUUGAGAGCUCUUUUUCUUUGUGUUGUUUUGAUUGUCUGCAGAGCAAAGGUAGGUUCAGAGCAACACUAAAGCAACAGAGACAGAAAUAUGGUUUUUAUCUUCAGGCAAGUGGUGAAACACGGACAUUUUCAGAGGAUUCCAGGCAAGAUCCAGCUACAAGAUUAGAAUGAUACCUCUGCAUUGCCUGUGUCAUGGUUGCUAGUUCAGAUGGAGAGCUUAACCAAGGCUCUGCUUGGCUCUGGAUCAAAAAAGAUCCCUAUAGUACUUACUUUCCCAGGGAUUAUGGUAAUAACUGAGGAGCUUGAGCUAAGCCAUUCCCUGUGUAUAUAAAAAGAUCCCCUCCAGUUCUAGUUGCUGUGUAUAAGACUUAACGAGGAUAAAUACCAUCCGGUGGAGAGUUCUGAUUGGGCAACAGCAGGGCUGCUCCCUGAGGUCUGUUGCAAAACCAGAAUGUUCCCCUACUACCGCUUGGUCUCUGGCUUUGUCAGAGAUGCAAGUGCUGCCAAUUGGAGCAAUAAAGAGUUCAGUUUCUAAAAUACUUGGAAAAUGAUACUGACUUUUGGGUACAUGGGGUCAUUGUUCUUAUUAAGUGUGAUCCUGCCUCAGAACCACACAGCUGUCCCUGCAUUUCACAGCCACCAUUUCUUUCCCUUUCUGCUAGAGGCAUUGGUAUGAUAUCUAUCUAACUCUGGAAAUGUGGUGACGGUGCUGACAGAAUUGUCAUCUAAGCACCUGUGAAAGGGCACCUGUGAAAAGAAUGGGUGGUUUCAGAUUUGAGUAACACAAUGAGUAAUGACUUCUGGGCUGGCCUGAACCAGACAUGAGAAGCUUUCUCGUGUCAAAUUAUACCAUUUUUAAAUAUAGACUAGUCUUGUCUGCUCUCACUGAGUGAGCAGCUUUCCUGGGUUUCAGACAGAGGUUUUCCUGCCAUCUUCUACCCAAUCUUUUUUACUUCUGCAUUGAAGGGGCUCCAUCAGUGAGUCAAGGCUCAGAUCAUGCUUCUAGGCUUCUUCAGACCCAUUGCUGAAGCCAGGCUCCUCGCUCAAAAGGCUGGAAGAGAGUUCUCUCCCAAAGCAUAAAAGAGGAAAACCUCAUAUCCAUACAGAGGUGGUCUGAAGGGAUGGCCCACCAGGCUUGUGCCCUGGAUCUUUUCUUUGGCUCACCAGUUCUGUGUUCCACCAUGCUGCAGAAGCUCAAAGCAGUCACCACAAAACCUCACACAAUUUGUGUUAAAGCUAGCAGGGGUGAGCAGUCAUUUAUAGCCCAUCCUGUGGCUUUUCCAGCUGAGUUCCAGGAUUGCAGUCCUUCUAAUCCCUUCAAGCACCUACAGGUCCUGCAGGUAGUUGCAAGGUAGACCAGGCUGCCUCCUCUGUCAAGCCAGCAGGGGGAGCCAGGCUGCUGCAUGGAUCCUGACCGCAAACUGCCCAAUGCCCUUGCAAAUGAUUCACCCUCUUUUUUCCCCGUUGGCCAUGUUAGCCCCUCUCUUCUACCCCAGACUGAUUAAGUCAACCUUAGUCCCAUGUUUAUCGAUGUUCCAGAUGUUUCUGCUUACAACUUCCUUCAGCUCAGGCCAGCAUGGCCAAUGGUGAGGAAUGAUGGGAGUCGUAGGCUAAAACAGCUGGAAGACCAUCAUUGGUCACCCCUGGUUUACUGGCUCUGUGACUGUCACCUGUCAACACAUCGAUUUUGUGAAACUUAGCUAUUUCUCUGCCUACAGCAGAAGGCAUGUGUCUCACCUGACUCAAGUGGUGCUCACAAAGGGGGAUUCUCCCCCUUUUUCCCUUUGCAUGGCGUGCAAAGCUGACAGCACACCUAACAAUGCCUUCUAGCAGCAAGUGGCCGCAGAGGCACAGGCGCAUUUCUAAAGCAGCCAUAGCACUUUUCCAUAUUCCGGCUCAUCAGAAAGCAGUUAAAGGACGAUACCGAUGCUUGACACCUUCAUCUUAAAGUAUACGAAAAGGGAGGUCCCAAAUAGAUGGCUCACCCUUUAGUCGCCCAGAUUAUCUGACAUUCUAAUGAUCUUGCUUUCUUAUUGGCAUCAUGACCUUGUGACCUCCUGAUUGCAACUCCUGUUGACUGGGGCUGAUGGGAGUGGAAGUCCAAACUGUCUAGAGAACAUCAGGUUAGGGAAGGCUGACAAAAAGAAGUAACCAUAUUGGAGUAGUGCGAUGCAAUGGAUGGAGCAUUUGCCAGAAAUGUUGAAUGUCCACCCUCAAUUCACUUCCUAGCCAUGAAGUUUAAGUAGUGGCACAUGGUUUUUUGAAGCCUGUGUAUGAGCAGAGGGCAAACAGCAGGGCAGUUUGUUUCCGUUCUUCCUGUGAGUACCCUGCACACCAGGUCAUCUCAGGAAGAAUGAGCAUUUGGAAGCUCCUAUGAAUAGAAAGGAAAGUCUCAUUUUAAUUGAAUUGCUGGAACUGAAGGUUAUAAUGAAUAUAUUUGGGCCUCUGUGUGGAUAGGAUUUCAGCCCAAUACUUUAUUUCAGCCUAACAAAUGUUAUUGGGUGAGACUCACUAAGUCCAUGUACUUUGUAAUAUUGGUGGGAGCCAAAGUAAUAGCAAUAUUGGGAGUGUUGGCAUUUGAUUAAUGGCAUUGAUGCUGAGAAGGUGAGAAGAGGAACCAUAGCUCUUACUUCCUCCAAACAGGAAAUGUUGUGGAAGACAAAUCAGUUCUUCUAUUGCUUAUGGGAGACAAUUCUUAACAAAAUUGUAAAUUUUAUGGGAGGGAGGGAGAUCACAUCACAAGUGAGACAGUUGAUUUUAUAACACAGAUUAACCUCAGCCAGUUUGCAACUUGCAGUCAAAAAUAUCUGGAGGGACUUGUAUUAGGCAAGGCUAGCCUUGAAAAAAGACAGGCAUUGAUGUUAAAGAUUAAGCUUCAAGGACCAAACAUCAGGAUUGACAAUUCUGAUAGGAGUGGAAAAGCAAAAUGGAAGUUUUUCACAAGUUUCAAAGGUAGGAAGUGAGUACCAGAAGGCACCAAGGAUUGGCAACUGGUAACAAAAACUGCUUGGAUGCAAAACGAUCUCGGUGGAGGAAGAAUAGGAUGCCAAAUCAUUCGGGCUAACAACAAAUGCAGGCAGUGAAUGCUCAUGGGACUGGAGGUACAACGGGGCCACUGAGAAACGAGAAAUACCAGCACCUGGAUUAGCAACACCUCCGGAUCAGCAAUCCCACAGUGGCUUUCAUCUCAGAAUAAAACUGUCCAGUUUUAGCAGACAUAUUCUAAAAAUUGGUUGAUCAGAACAUACAGUUUACUCCUUUAUCACAGGUAUGAACAGCACUUUGGACAUGGGGGCGCUGCGUUGUUUUCUGCAACAAAUCCUAACUAAAGUCAACAAGAGUCUGACUGCUGACUUAAGAGGCAAAAUCAGUUGAAUUGGAUUAUGGUCCAAAUUUGCAUGAGGCAAACUAAAUGUGAAUUCUUGUAAAGACCCCAUAAGGCCUUAGCAUGUCUCCAAGAAAGUAUGCAGGCUUUUGGACCCUAGGAAAGUUUGCUAUACUACCUGUUGAAACUUAAUCUCCUUGUCAUUCUUCCAGUAAUGCCUAGCUAAUCAAGAGGGUUGUCUAACUUCCAUAUAAGCUACCCUCACCAAAUUCACAUGAUACAAUAAGCCACAGUGGCUAUCCAUCAGAGCCUGAAUAUACAAAACAGUGCACAGUAUAUUCCACUGUGGCAUAAUUUCAAUUUUCCCAGUCUCUUAGGUUGCAAAAUCAGGAGAAGGCCCUUUCACAGUUCAGUCAGCUCCUUUGGGAAAGGCAUUGCUAACUAUAUUACAGGUAUUACCUACCUAUAUAAGGGUUCAGAUGGCUUCAACUUCCAGCUGAGACAACAUCCUUCUGUUGUCAUAGCAGGAUAGAGUUCGAGCACCUUAAAGCUAGCUCUGGGGUCCUAUUUUAUUCUUGCCUUAUUCUGACUACCAUCAGAUGCUGGCAGUAGUUCAACACAUCUGGAGAGCACCAAUUUAGGGGAAGACCGGUUCAGAGAGACUGAAGAUAAACCAAAAGCUUACACUCUCCUUCUCCUCAGUUCUCUCAUUCCCCUUUGAACUAGGCUUUACUUACACUUAACUGUUUAAGAAUAGACAAAUGGGAGUCUGCCCUUGCCUUCCAGACCAGAGUUGGGAACCCAGCAGUUGGAAGACCAUAUGAACAGUCUUCUGCAGCAGGGUUACUUCAGAUGCCUCCUUAUGGAAUAGUCUCAAUGGGACUGCUUUAUCCUUUUAUCAGAAGUUCCCAGCAGGAAAUGUUGAGAGGCCUGUGAAAACAUCCAAGUUUGCUCCUCUCAAGAGCUGGGAUUGGUUCUUGUUGCAUGUUCACCCAAUAGCACCCACUUCAUGCCAGAACAGGCAUUAGAAUGAUUUGAAAAGCUUUUGUUUCUGUAUAGACUUACCGCAGCUUGCCAUGUCAUCUGAACCCAGGCAAAUGGUGGUUAAUCUUAACUAUGGUUAGUAAAACCAAGCCACAGCUUGUGAAAUUGGCUUUUUUCACUAAGCAUAAUUGAGCUUAAGCAACUAGUUAAGCUUAGUAGAAUUCAGAAGUAAUACUAAACUGUAAACUAGAACAGAAUCAGAUGUUUCUAAUUACCUUCUUGAGCUGCACUGGAGGACCUGCACUUCAUUUGGUGUUUUUGGAAACAGUGCACACAGCUUGUGGUGUCUUCUCUUGAUAAUGCAAAGCCACAGUUUAGUGUUAUCUGUGUAAUGAAGGAUUAGAUGAAACAGCAAAUAUUCACUUCUGUUUAUACGUACAGGUAUGUUCCUACAAUCAUCUGGACACACAAAGAACCAUGUAUUGUUGCUCCUUAAAGGCUAUUGGAUUCGUUGUGUUUUAUGGAAAAGAGAUCACCUUGUCUUUGGGCUGUAAAAUUCUGUACCUGUUACCUCUGUGGAGUAAAUCCAGAUUAACAAAGUCAUUGCUAUGAGGCUUAUUGGCUGGAUUUCUUUUGAAAGUUCUUUGGAACUUUGUUAUUGAUCACCUCAGUGAGUUUAGUGUGGACAAACAUUAGUUUUGCCUUCACCUCAGAAGAUUCCUGUUUUCUGGAUCCCAGCUCUUUUCAUGCUAAAAAUUUAAGGGAUGGAGAGAUAAACAAUGUGGGCAUGGCACAGUUUUGUUGGACUAUACCACUUCCAACUGCUGAUGGGAGAACUGCAUGUUUGAAAACUUAUAAUGAACUCCCUGAAUAGUGGAAAACAUAGCAAGGAACAUAAGCAACAAACAUGGUAAGGAAGAAAAGCAUAGUUAGGAAAAUGAGUAAGUUAGAUCUUUAUCCUUGACACAGUAGUUAUCCAAGGACAUAUUAAGCUAGUUUGUAUAAGAUAUGGAGUAACGUUCUGUCCAUUUGUAGUCUGGGGUGAUCUAGCCCAAUUGAACUUGCAAGUCUGUUCAUGUUGCUUGAAUCCAAGAUAGAACAUUUUUGGGUGCUCCAGGUACUGGUGGGUCUUUCUAUGCAUUCAGUUAUGACACAUGAAACUGCAUGCUUAUUUCUACGUACUUUGCACGCCAUCUAAGCAUCGCUCCUCAAGCUUGUACUUCUCUUUCUGUGUGCAAAGACUCAAACGCAAUAUUCACUAUGUGUAGUGAACUAUCUGAUGCAAGGAACGUAUAUUGCCAUUAGGCCAUUGGUCCUUGGGAGCUAAUGUUCGCUCGUGUAGUUCAUGCUUCAAGCCUAGGACAGCAUGGCUGCUCUUUUCUCUGGCAUCCUGGCUGCAGCAUGAGCUGUAUUUGCAAAGAAGGAUUUCCCAACAGGAAUUGCAGCACUCAGCACUUACCAAUUUCCCAAGCCUUGUGCAAACAUCAACAAACUAAUCACUAGUGAAUUAUUACCUAUUCACCUCUGUUCUUCUGGGAUUGGAGAAUGCGAAUUUUCUUCUCAUUUUACUUGCCAAUAAACAUUUGGAUGCCAGCAUUUAUUCUGCUGCAAACUCUCAUGACAGAGUUGCCAAAACACUUGAAUUUGCCAUAUGAAACUUGGCCCCAAUUCAGGCUAUUGGUUCUCUAUUGUCUGUCUUCAAAAUUUACCUUGUGCGCCACAAGCCUUUCUGCUACCUUUUUAGCAGAAAUCUUGAUUGGGUCUAUAAGCAACACUUAUCCUGCUCUGGAUUGGAUCCCCUGUGCCUACUGUAGAUAAAACUGAUGAAAGGCUAUUUAUACAUCAAGAAAGAAUAGAAUUUGUAUCACCAAAAAAAGAGGAUAAAAAUAUUGAUACAUUGAUUUGUAGCAAAUGUGCACAUGCUAAUUUGUAUGUCUAGAUGCUGAUUUAGUUAUUACUAGAAGUUAGAAGCACAAUGCAUUUGUCUAAUUAUUAUGGAAAAUACUUCAUGGCUUCAUACACUACCUCCUUCCUCUUUAAUAGGCUUGGAGUAAGAGUCCUUUCAAAUAGAGCACUGUCCUACAUAAAGUUGAACACAUGGCCAUCCUACCAGGCAGGAUAUUUUUCCCAGCUCUUCUUGUAGAUGCCUGGGACCAAAUCUUGGAUCUUCUGCAAGAAGAACAUAGGCUCCGCCUCUGAGCUACACCUUUCCCCAUUUUUUGUGCUUGCUGGCUUAUUCUGUCUCUUCCCAUUCUUUGCAUGUGCUAACUUUGGGCCUUUGACUUUCUGCCUUUGUUGACCUCUGUUUUCUGUCCUGCCAAAUCUAAAAGGCACUAAGGAAAUCCAUUAUAGCUGCCCUGGGAGGUGGAGUACCCAAAUGCAGAGAAGUCAUUUAAAAUUAAUUAAUCAAUCAAUUAAUAUUUUUCUUGAGUUUCCUAUAUUACUAUAUAGAAAUAUAAAGAUCUGAGCUUCUGCAUGCACCAUAUAUCAGACUGUUUUACAAGACCAAGAGGAACCAUGAAGCAGGAAAGUGGGAGGCAAUCGCCCAGCCCUUAUAAAGCCAUGGCAGAGGCAUCAGAUGUUUGAAAUCUGAUGCCUGUUUAGACAGAAAAAAGACCUAUAAUUCCUAGCAUGCUGGCUAUGUAGUGCUGGGGGUUGUUGGGCAUUUUUCUCUAUCUGAACAGGCAUAGGUUUAUGCCCUUAGCAACUCUUGAAGGGAAAAUAGACAUGCAUACUUCAGAGAGGAAGCUUAAUUGCCCAUUGUGCCAUGCUUCUUAAAGUCUGAAAAGGCUGGAAAGAAAACAUCUUCUCAAAGCAAUAGGGUGCAUUUUGCAGUACUGUUAAUGAUCAGAGGUUUACAAAUGAAGUAGCUUUUAGCACAAUAUGCGGCAGACGAAUAACUGUCUUGCACAGGAAUGCUUUUUUUCUCCCUCAUGGCAGAUCCUUCCCUGCUUGUUUUCUUUUUCCCUAAGUGAUAGCAACUAAGUUUUUUAUAUUCUCUUUCUGCUGAUGUCUUGCAGGUAUUCAGCCAUUAAAAAUGUUUUAACAGGGAAUGUCAUUAACCCUGCUGUUGAAAUCAAGCAUAACUGUGCACCCCCUUCUUUUCUGUAGUGCAGUGAAUGAAUACAGAGUUUGGGGCACAACAUAGUACAGGGCUCAUCUCGUACCUUGAAUGCUGAGGCAUUUUCAGGUUGGAAUAGAUGCACAGGGCAUGUUGUCACAGUUAUUCUAGUGUCGAGGGCUGCUGUGAUUCACUCAUGGACAAGGGAAUGGUCUUUUGGUGGAGCAGCCCCGCAGGUGGGAAGGUGGGGCGUCCAAAUGGGGAUGGAACAAAUGCAGCAGGAGUGCCUUUAUGGGUUCUCUUUAUAAAAGCAUUUACUUGGUUGCAGUGGGAGGGAAAUGAUGGGCAUUUGCUCCAUUUCUAGGCCAAGUCAGGCGAAUGGAAAAGCAAUGGAUUCUGAGGUUAUAAACCUUUGCCCAAUUCACAUGGGGAGGGUGAUGGCUUUUGCUACUGCCCGUGUCAAGCAGCAAAAGUCAUGGAUGUUUCUGCAGCAUCUGGAAAGCGAGUUGUAACAGCAGAAUUCUUUCAGUGAGGUUGGACCUCUUUCUGCCCCGGAGAGGAAGAGCUGAAACCUUGCAUGAGCCGGAGGUUUGCAACCUCGCUCUUCUUAACCACCAAUUGCAAUAUGGGGAUCUGUGCACAUAACACACCUGGAACAUCAGGCCUGAUGAGUGGCAGAUGCUGCUGUGCCAUGAGUGAAGCCAAGCCAAGGGGGUGUACCUCCAACACCUUUUCAGCAGGGACUCUCAUGACUUCUUCCAGGAUUCCCUCUGAUCUCAGCUGUUCCAUCUGAUCUCAGCUGAAAUCCUUAAAGCACCUGAGCGGAAAUGGACUUUGUUGUAAUGGAAAGUAUUUUUAGAUGGCUGCAUCUUGAAUGUGCAAUUAAGCCCCAUUAACGUUAGGAAAGAUCUGCUGCUGGUGGAAACUAGAACUGCUAGAACUGUAGAUCAACAAAGUUGCCUGCAUUUUGGGCUGGCCCUCAUGAUGUGCUCCUGGGGACUGUCAUGAUGAGCCUUUGCCCUUCAACAUUUGCCACGAAACCACUGCUGGCAAGCUAGAAGAAGAGUGUGUCUUAUGAGUGUGCUCCAGGAUGGACUGUAAAUUCACAGCUGCCAAGGGAUGUGAUUGCUCCGGCAGGCGUAUUGGCUGGCUCCCUAUUUUCUGCCUCUGUAUGAAUCUGCAAUGGGAACGGAGGCUUGACAUCAGCUACCGGAGCCCAGUCUCAUGACUUGUGCUCCUGCAUGGAUGGCUUUAGCACCCUUUAGCAGCAUGUCUGCAUCGUUUACUAUAUGGACUUUUAGAACGGGGACAAUCUAGAAAUAUGGAUCUUCAUCUGUUCCUGUUUGUAUUGGCACUGCUUGCUGCAAGCGAUUCUUUUCCCACAAGCAAGGCUUCAUCAGAAAAACCACAGAUUAUUAAGUGUAGAUCACCUGAAAUGGAAACAUUUACAUGUCACUGGAGUAUCGGAGAUUUCUCCCGCUUAACAGCUCCAGGAACUGUACAACUGCUGUAUUCUAAAAGGCAGAGUGAAUGGAAAGAAUGGAAAGAAUGCCCUGACUACAUCACGGCCGGUGAAAACAGCUGUUACUUCAACACUUCCUACACCUCGAUUUGGGUCCCGUAUUGCAUCAAGCUAGUCAGCGGAAAUCAGACCUAUGAUGACGAUUGUUUCCGGGUGGAGGACAUAGUGAUCCCAGAUCGUCCUGUCGGACUCAACUGGACCAUGCUGAACACCAGCCCACUGGGCAUCUACGCAGAUAUCCAGGUCACCUGGAAGCCCCCACCUUCUGCUGACGUUCAGAAUGGAUGGGUCACAUUGAACUACCAGCUGCAAUACAGAGAAGUGAAUGAGACAGAAUGGAAGGAGCUGGAGCCAAAACUCGCCACAGCAUUUCCCAUCUAUGCACUGAAGACAUGCCAUGAUUAUGAGAUACGAGUCCGAGCACAAGGAAUGCCUGAAAUUUAUGGAGAGUUCAGCGAAGUGCUUUAUGUGUCUUUUGGGUCAAUGGCUAUAAUGCCAUGUGAGGAAGAAUUCCAGGUUCCUUGGCCUUUGGUGAUGGCCUUUGGAACACUUGGCCUGAUGCUGAUGUUGUCUCUAGUUCUCUUUUCUAAGCAGCGGAAGUUAAAGAUACUGAUUUUUCCUCCUGUUCCUGUGCCUAAAAUUAAAGGAAUUGAUCCAGAUCUCUUAAAGAAAGGAAAGCUUGAUGAAGUCAACUCCAUCUUGGCCAGUCAUGGUAGCUACAUGCCACAGCUGUAUGGAGAUGACUCUUGGGUGGAGUUCAUUGAACUGGAUUUAGAUGAGGCUGAAGAGAGGACUGAAGGGUUGGAUACUGACCGACUUCUUGGCGAUGACCACUUGAAGUCCCACGGCUGCCUCGGCGUGAGGGAUGAUGACUCUGGCCGGGCCAGCUGCUGUGAACCUGAUAUCCCAGAGACAGACUUCAGUGCAAGUGACACAUGUGAUGGAACCUCAGAUGUUGACCAGUCCAAAAAGGCAAGUGAUAAAGAGGAGGAUCUCUUGUGCCUUAAUCAAAAAGAAAGUGAGGAGAAGCCAGAGUCAGAUCUUAAUGAUGCAUCUACUCAGGUGCCAUCAGAUGACCCAGCCAAAGACAAGCAGCCCAAAGUCCAAGGUUCUGUCACUGGCAGUGCAGAGAGUACCAGCCAACCCGUCCAAACCCAGCUAAGCAACCAGAGUUCAGUGGCCAACAUUGACUUUUACACACUGGUCAGUGACAUUACACCAGGAGGAAGUGUUGUGCUCUCUCCAGGACAAAAAAUGAAGAUGGGGAGAGCCCAAGGUGGGGCUCAAAAAGAACCAGUUGUACAGUGCCAACCAAGCUUUGCCAUGGACAGUGCCUAUUUCUGUGAGUUGGAUGUGAAAAAAUGUGUCACUGUGACGCCUCAGCAAGAGGCAGAGCCAGAAGUUCAAGAGCAAAGCUUUCGUGAUGAUGCUUACUUCGACGGCGAGAGCCUUACCCUGAGUGCUGUGAACCCUGCUACAGCAGCAGCAGCAGCAGCAGCAGCAGCAGCAGCAGCAGCAGCAGCAGCAGAGAAAGAAGGAGGAGGGGGAGGAGGAAAAGAAGAAGAAUGUUCAGAGAUGCCUGUGGCGGACUAUACCUCUAUUCAUGUAGUACAGUCCCCACAAGGCCUUGUGCUCAAUGCCACACCUGUCCCUGUACCAGACAAGGAGUUCCUUGUAUCUUGUGGUUAUGUGAGCACAGACCAACUUAACAAGAUCCUGCCAUAGCUUUCUUUCCCUUGCCUGUGCAGCAAAUAGCAUCAUCCUUCUCAACCCACACAACCAUGAGGCUCCAAAACACAUAUGGAGCUCUCCAACAGCAGGAGCUUCCUGACUGACUUCAGUAUUACAGACAAUGUCUCAGAACAUUGCCAACACUUGCAUGAAUGUGAGAACUCAUGUUCAUGUGGAGGUCCAUAUGCGUAUUGGAGUCCCUGCAUACUCAUUUGGAGCCUUUGAAUUGGGGCGCGCAUAUAUAUAUAUAUAUAUAUAUAUAUAUAUAUAUAUAUAUGCGCUCACGCAUUCUUAGAGCUGGUAUGGCAUGUGUAUGCUUAAACCAAAACAAAUAUCCUCAAUAGUUACACCAAGCUGGGCUGCAGCCCCUUCCAUUUUAACCUGCAAUGUUGAAUCAAACACAGUAUUGCUGUUGUGUAUUGUAUAUAUCGUCUUAUGAAAUGUCGUUGGAGCUUGUUCAGUAGCAAUGUUCGUUAUUGUAGCUGAUGAUUUUGAGAUGAACACAUUGAAUGACAAUGUGAUGUGUCAUAAAUCAUCUUUAUUCAAAAAGCUAAUAUCAGGUUGGAAUUUCAAUAUUUGGUGUUCAGUCAUACCAUAUGCUGAGAUGUGUUUAUACUGGAAACUGGAGAAUGAAACAUGGAGUAGGGAAGCAAAAAUAGUUAGGUUAAAUAAUACAUUUAUUUUGAUCUACAUAAAUACAAACCUAUUUUAAUAUGUUACACAAGCAGGGAUGGGUACUUUGUAUUUACAGUGCACACUGUAGUUUAAUUAUAAUGAUCCAUCUAUGGAAUGAAUCUGCUUUAAUCCAUUGUAGAAAUUUUUAAAAAAUAAUAUAUGGAUACAAUAUUUUUUACAGAAAGUUUUUAUAUCUCCACCAAAGCUAAAGAGAACUAAAGUUGCAACACUAUCAGGGCCUAAGUGUUUCUUAAGAGUCCUUUCAUACCUUUUAUAAAUUGAAAUGUGUAUAAUUAAUAUUUUCUGUCACCAGAUAUUCCUUCCUUGUUGAACCAACGUAUCACACAGUUUGUAUAGCAGUAAAAAGUAAAACAGAUUUGGAUUUCUGGGGGCCUUUCAGGAACACAAUCACACUUUCGUGGAACAUUUAGAAUCGUACAAGAAUAAGCACUGGUGACUUGACAACACUGUUCUUCACAAAGAAUCCUUAAGUCUUUACUCAUAACAUUAUCAAGGACCUUAGCAUUAACAUGGAGUGAAAGCCAAGUCAGGGACUCCAGGUUAUUUUAAAGUUCAGACUCUGAAUUAAAUAAAGUUGCAGAACCCAAUACAGUAUUGUGAACAAUGCAAUGUUUAUGUUUUGCAUGUUCUGCGCUAAUGAAGCUGUAGUAGAAAGGCUUUAAAGAAGUAAUGUAGCUUAAGCCUUAUUUAUAUUUAUCAGUUUUUUCUUGAGGUACGCCUUAACAUUCUUCAAUUGCAAAUUUUGUUUACAUAAUUAGGGGUUAAAUUCAAGGGUUAAAAUCAAAGGCCUUUUCAAACAUGCAAGUCCUGUCCCGCAUCCCUCCUCAUGUUUAUUUUCCCUAUGUUGUCUUACAGUCCAGAGUGUGUGCUGUGUAGAGUCUGCAGGGGCUGAUACCUGACUCUCGACAUGGCCAGCUCAGACUUCCUGAAUUCAGGGACUUGAGCUGAGAGCUGGAGCCAAGGCUCAGCCUUCGAGGCUCCCAGUGUAAAAGUUCAAGUCAUACAAACCUGUCCAAUGCCAGAUCAACCCACAGUUCCAUCUUGCCCAGUAUUAUCCACUCCUCCUGACAGGAGGUCUCCAGGGUCUUUAGUACAGAACUUUUGUGUUACCUGUGAUCUGAGCAUUUUUCCAAACCGGAGAUGGCAGGGAUCCAACCUGGGACCUUUUGUAGGCAUAACACGUGCUCUAACACCAAGCCAGAGACAAUGGGCAAUGGGUACAAAGCUGUGCCGAGAAGUCUUACCAUGAACCAGCUGUGCCGAGAAAUCUUACCAUGAACAGUAAUGACACAGGGACAGUCAUUGCUGUUCCCUUGACUGAGGUAGCUGUGAAGGGUGCACGCCCGCGAUCAUCCAGAUGGCCACUGGCUAUACUGCCACAUUCGUAUUCAUAUGCAACUGAGUAGAGAACACAAGAAGGACUUACAGGUAUAAAUUGGACUGAACAAGAUUUCAAAAGGAAAGGAAUUCACGGGGGUUCUUCUUUUUCACUGUGGAUAUUUUUAAGACAGGAGCAGGCCAUCAAAGUCUGUGGCUCUCUCAAAAGCUGUGAUUGUGGAAUGUGGAAUGCAAGCACCUUCCUAGAAAUGUGUUUGUACUGGUUGGUUGGUUGGUUGUCUGCCUAUCUGUUUUUCUAACGGGAUGAAGGACGACAUUUGGACCCCCGGUUACUAAUGCUCGCUUUAGGCCCAGUCUACCCAUAUUUACUUGAAAGUAAUUCCCACUGUGUGCCCUUGGCCUGAUUCCCUAGUGUGCUUUAUGAUUGCAGCCUUAAGCAGGGAGAAGACCCAGAGGGCUCCCAUGGGACCGUCUUCUGAUAGACAUGCUGAGGAUCACACUGUUGCAGUUAUAUCCGGGUUACACAUUGCACAGGAACUGAGCAAUGGCCUCUGAUUAUUUAGAAUGUUGAGGGCUCUCUCCCAGCAAUUGAGAAAAGCUGGAGGAGCUUUGUUUUCAAACUGUGAUUGUAAUUAAUAGCCAGGCUUUGUGAGUGUAUCAUGUUGGAAGGCAGGAAACAGGCAAACAGACAAGAAAGUCCCUGACCCUGACUAUUCUGGCUAGGCGCUGUUCCUCCCUAUGAGAAGGAACUGCCUGGAUCUCAGGUGAGUAGAGCCUCACAGAAAGACAUGAAAGCAAGCUCUAGCAGUGACCUGAAAGGGUUUCUUGGUUUGUUUUUGAAGUGACAGCAAGUUUAAUCUCAGACAACAGUUAUACAUUUUAAAAUCCUGGCAUUCUGGGGUUCAUGUAAGUAAGCCUUGAGAAGCAAAUCAUAUGUGUAAGCUGUUUUUAAAGAAUGAAUGUAGGUCAUUAUUUACUUCAGAAAUAAUCUUUUCUGAUGUACCCUUUAUUUUAACAAGUAUAUCCAUAUUUAAGCAGCAAGUAUAUGUUGACGGAUAUUGACUUCUCAUGGCUGGAACUAGGAAGUUCGUACCUGGCUUGUGCUUUUAAAAUGAUCCUUAUUAGAUAUUCUCCUAACUUGCUGUUAUAUUUUUUCUAACAGCUGCUUGCUUUAGUUUUAGGCAUGGCAAUAAGGACACAAUCCUAUGCAUCUUUAGACAGAAAAUAAAUCAUAGGCGGCUUGCUGGGGAUACUGACUUUUUUCUAUCUAAAGAGGCAUACAAUUGUAGCCUAACAGUAUGUAAGGGAGGCAAAUGACUCUUAUGCUACAUGUCUCUUGAGUGUUUCAAUCACCAAAAACUAGUUAAAUACCUCAAUCAAUCUCAGAAUGUCACUUGGGUACUUUGCUGGUCACACAAGCCAUUAUACCACAGUAUGAAGAUGUGCGUCUUUUUUGUUUAUAUUUAACUUGCCUUAUGUCAGUGUUCUCAUUUUCUCUUCAAAGUUUAAUAAAUUUAUUUUCUUCAAUCCA